AUGCCCUGGCGGCCGCUGCCUCGAAUCGCCUUUGCCGUCGCCAUAUACCCCUUUCAGCCUUCCUCCCCGGCCGACCUUCCAUUGGAACUUGGCGAUGAGUUAUACAUAAUUGAACAGGGUGGAGUGGACGGUGAAUGGUGCCGAGGCUACCUCGUUGCGCCGCCGUCAUUGCUGGCGGGAUUGACGAGUACCAAAGGCCAGACACUUGAAGCUCGUGUGUUCUCGGGUAUCUUCCCACGAAACUGCGUCGAGAUUCGGGAAGUACUUGGUGAGGGUGAUGGCCAGAGAGCAAUGCUCAAUGGCGAUCGGAAGAGCAUCGACAGGCUGACCUUGUCCGGGAUUGAAGGAGACUUCAUGUCCCGGAAUAGCCUGGUCUAUUCGGAGUCCUACUUGGGAACCGAGAUAUCGGAUGCCGUGUUUGCGAAAAAAGGGAAACCCUCUCAUAUUGUCAUUCACAAGACCGACGAGCGAGACUUGUCCAGUCCGCGAUCUGUACAAACAUGGCGUUCUGGUUCCAUUCCACAUACCCCCGUGUCCAUUUCUCCUCGUGACCCGAACGCGCCCAAGCCAGCUGCCCCAGUCCCGAUGCUGAAAAUUGGUGACGAGACUCCGACCUCCCUUACAGAGCCACUGGUUGAUGAGAUCGCAUCAUGCCUGCGCGAAUGGCAUUCGACGAAUUUACAUGAGCUCCUUUUGGUUCAGCAGUAUGAUGUGCUGGAAGAAAUGUCUACGAUGGUGCAGGAGCUAGAUUUCGCGAGACGCCAAUUACUACACAACGUUUUAACCUGCCAGGAGAAGGAAGUUUUACGGGAUGAGACUGUCUGGAAAUUGGUCAAAGCCAACAAAAUGCUCAGUGGAGAUGUUAUUGUGCGGGAUCCAGAGCAGCGAGGCCGUUUGCUAACAGGUGAGGAUUCUGCUAUCCAGCUUGCAAAGCUGCAGUCCGAGAUGAGCAUGCUGGAGUCCCGUCCCACCACGACUUCCGAUGCGACGGCGCUUCAUCAUUUGCUACUCGAUAUCAAUGCGGUAUCAGGCAAUGCCCCAGGGCCUGUGACUAUCGGGAUUCAGCUCUUUUCCCGUACAGACUCUGGUGUAUUGAGUCCAUUAUCGGAGACCUUCAGUCUAGAGAUUCCGUCUCCUGACAAGUUCAUCAACAUGAGUCAAAGCAGUAAACUGAAGACUCUUUUCACCGAGUUGGCCGCCACGGAUAUCGGAGAUGGAUCUGCCAAUGGGCGCCAGCUUUAUCUAGUUGUUACUGUCCGUGCUCCAGAGACACGGUCGACCGUUGAUACAACCCCUGUAUCAAGACCCUCAAUUUCACGGGAAAGCCCAACUCCGGCCAAAAGUGCAGGAGCCAAUGGCAUUCAGCCUUCGGCCAAGGGUAGCCUGAAAGCCCGGCGCAGCAUGAUGUGGACACCAAAAACUCGCGGGCCAAGCCUGGAUCAGUCAAGUCCAACUAGCCAAGGACUUCCGAGACAAUCAAGCAGCUCAUCCAACAUUAAAGAGCAACCUACUGCUCAGACUACCCCGUCAAAGGAGAUCUUAGCGAUCCGCACCGUUGGCGUUGGGAUCUUGGAGAUCUCGCCGAUCCUUCGGCAAGAUCGAGAUGCGGAGCAGGUGAUCAACAUUUGGUCUCCACGUCAGAAUGGUGAAGACGGCGAGGGAUUGACAGAAGGCUUCGACAAGCUGAUAAAAACAUUGCUCCCCAGCCCAACCGGUCGGUAUGCGCGUUGCGAUUCUGCUGCGCGUCUACAUCUUCACCUGCAUCCUUUCGUCAGUAGUGACCCCGAUGCUUUAAUCCGCCAGAACCCUACGAUUCUACAUGAUGUCGUUCAGACACAGCGUAUUGGAUUCUCGAAAGCCCCUACGCGGCCGCGGUCUGACAUCUACGUCACUCUCUCCCAAGCUGUAUUCCCCACCGACGCACUUCUGUCUCAUCCGCAAGCUGGCCAAAUACCUCUGCAGGCGACAACAGGUCUCCACAACCUCCAGCUUACCCUGGAGGUCCGUGAUGCUAAAGGAGCGCGCAUCGACAAAUGUGUAUACCCUUCGUCUGCCAAUGCCAGCAACACGGCAUGGCGCACCACGAUCGCCCAACGAGGCACACCCUGGAACCAGACCAUCCGCCUUAAAAUUCCCAAAGAGCAAAUUCCUGGCUCUCAUAUCGUGAUGAGUGUCGCGGACGCACCAGAGUUCCCAUUCGCUCUCGCCUGGAUGCCUCUCUGGGAUCAACAGGCGUUCAUCAGGGACGGUCGCCAUUCUCUUCUGUUGCAUGCCUAUGAUAAGCAAACAUCCAGUAUUGAGAAUGGAAAGGGUGCUUAUCUGAAUCUCCCUUGGAGUGCACUUGGCAAGAAUGAAUCUGCCAAAGAUGAAGAUGUGACCGGUCCAUUGGCCACUCUUCACCUCGAAACUCACCUGUGCAGCACGGAGUACUCACAGGACCAAGUGAUCCUGAGUCUCCUGAACUGGCGGGAACGUCCCGUGGAUGAAGUCUUGGAUACACUCAAGCGAUUACUCUUCGUUCCUGAGAUAGAAAUCGUGAAGCAGCUCAGCGGUGUCUUUGAUGCGCUCUUCGGAAUCCUGGUGGAGAAUGCCGGAAAUGAGGAGUAUGAGAACUUGAUUUUUAAUAACGUGGUCACUGUCCUGGGUAUUGUUCACGAUCGACGAUUCAACCUCGGCCCACUGGUCGACCGCUACGCUGAUAAUCAAUUCAAUUUCCCAUUCGCCACCCCUUGUCUCAUUCGAAGCUACCUGCGCCUUCUGAGUGCAGGUACCGACGGUCAACAAUCCCGCAGCCUUCGCGCUGCUAUCAAGGUCGGACGCCAUAUCUUGAAGUUCAUCAUCAAGGCUCGCGAGCAGCAAAAGGCAAAGGAAGAAGGCAUUGGUAUCACCACGGUGCAGUCCACCUUCAACCGAGACAUGCACACGAUUUUCAAGUCUCUGGAAAUCUUGAUAAAGAACCCUUCGCCGGCAUUGGUGGGUAGCAAGACACUCGUGGUCCAGCACUUCCAUACCUGGUUGCCUGAGCUAUCUAAGGUACUGGGCAAGGAUGAAAUGAUUAUGAUUGCUUUGAGCUUCAUGGAUUCAUGCAAAGACGUAACAGGCAUGUUGAUCCUCUACAAGCUUGUUCUCAUCCAGAACUAUACCCAAUUCGAGCUCUUCGCUUCGGGCGAGGAGAGAAGGACAUUGAUUUCCAGUUGUAUUGGCUGGUUAGCCCCGUACUGGGGCUCUACCUCGACUGUCUCGGACUUGUAUCGUGAUCAAGUUCGGUUGAGUAGCUCGAUUGUUGCUCAAUUGCUCAGCCAACCCGAUCCUCAGCUCUAUGGUUUCAUGCCUAGCAUCGUUGCCUCAUAUUGUGCUAUCUCGGCCGAAGGAGUUGACGAGUCGGAGUACCUAUCUUUGCUUUUCAGCAAGGCGUUCCCAUUCCAGAUGAAGACUGCCAAGUCCCCUCAAAGCUUUGAUGAAUCUUUGGUCGAGUUAUCUGCUCUCAUGGCGGCUAUUUCCAAGAUUGUGUCUCCCAAACUUCCCUCCUUGAAAGAUCUGGAGCUGGCAACAUUUGUUGCGCAGACUCUCGAGGCUCACAACUCCAUCCUUGAUUGUGAGGCGUACCCCGAGACUUGGUUCAGUAUCCAUGUAUAUAACCACCGUGCGACCAUCAAAAGUCUUGAACAUAUUGCUGUCUUGCUAAUUGAAAGACUGCUCCCGGCACCCGAUGAUGCCGACACAUUUGAUACCAAGCUGUGGGAAUCAUUCUUCACAACAUUGCUGAAGGUGAUCUCUAGCGAUGUUUUAGCACUAGAGACGUUCCCCGAGCAGAAGCGACGAGCUGUGUGGAAGAUUGCUGGUGAUGUGCGCGAGCAAGGCGCAGAUCUGCUACAAUCUGCCUGGGAAGCUAUUGGCUGGGAGACUACAGACGAUGAGAGGGAGCGUUUCAAUCUGAAGCGUCUUGGUGGAUACCAGGUGCAGUAUGUUCCUGGCCUGGUUCCUCCAAUUAUCAGUCUGUGUCUCAGUGUUCAUGAGGGACUGCGACAUGUUGCCGUUCAGAUUCUUCAGACCAUGAUCCUCAGUGAAUGGGACCUGAAUCAAGAUAUCUCAAUUAUUGAAACUGAGAUUAUCUCGAGUCUGGAUACUUUGUUCAAAUCCAAGCACAUGAAUGAAAGUGUCAGUCAAAAGAUAUUCAUUGGCGAGCUGCUGGAUCUCUUCGAGAAUGAGACUAUUGCUGAUGAACUGCUAUCAAAUACUGUCAAGAGCCUUGUUGGAACUGUCGAUGAACUCUUGGAUCUGCUGGUUGCUUCUCAGAGCGGUGCCUCAACUCAAAGUCUUCACGCUCUGAAGCUGAUGGAGUACAUGAAGGACAUGGGUCGUGAGGAUAUCUUCAUUCGCUAUGUCCAUGAAUUAGCUGAAGUACAAGCCGCGGCAGGCAACUUCACCGAAGCCGGUCUAGCCCUCCAGUUCCACGCAGACCUCUACGAGUGGGAUCUCACCAAGACCAUGCCAGAACUUCUCACUCCCGAGUUCCCAGCUCAAAGUGCCUUUGAUCGAAGAGAGUCAUUGUACUUCUCUGUUAUCCAGCACUUCGAGAACGCCAUGGCCUGGGCCCCCGCUCUGACAUGCUACAAGGAGCUGGCAGCUCACUACGAGCACACGACAAUGGACUUCGCCAAACUGUCUCGAGCCCAGAGUUCCAUGGCUCGGAUUUACGACUCCAUCGCCAAAGGUGGCAAGCAAUUCCCGCGGUACUUCCGCGUAGCCUAUAAGGGCCUCGGAUUCCCUCCUAGUCUGCGCGAUAAAGAGUUCAUCUUCGAAGGCUCACCAACAGAGCGCAUGGCCUCGUUUGUGGACCGCAUGCAACGCGAACAUCCCACUGCGCAGAUUACAUCUGCCAACGAAAUUCCCGAUUAUGAAGGCCAAUUCUUGCAGAUCAGUGCUGUCAGCGCUUACCGUGACGUGACACACUCUGUGUACCAAAGGUCCAAGGUUCCGUACUCUGUGCGUGAACACUUACUCAUCUCGGAUCCUUCUCGGUUCUCAGCCACGUCGCGCCGACACACGAGUAGCUCGGAUGUGCGUGAGCAGUAUGUUGAGAAGUUUAUCUUCACUGUUUCAGAUGCCUUCCCCAAUAUCCUUCGACGAAGUGAGAUUAUCUCUUCGGAAGAGGUUGCUCUGUCUCCCUUGCAGACUGCUAUCGAGCGAACGUGGCGGAAAACUCAGGAGCUUCAGCUUCUUGAGCGUCGGGCUGCUUCUGGUGAGGAUUCCUCGCUAUCUAAUUUGACCGAAGCCCUUGAGCAAUUACUGGAGAACAGAUCAUCUACUUCGAACUGUGUGGCAUUGUAUCGCCAAUUCCUUUCUGAUGCUGAUUUGGCGAGGGAGAGGCUUCUGGAGGAAGUAGAUGAAGAUGCUUCGGUUGCAGAAGUAGUGCCGGAAGCCGCAGACCCCAUGGAGAAUGCGCUCGCCGUUGCACUUGUUGACCAUGCCUUGGCGAUUAAGCAUGCUCUGUCUCUGUACCAGCGUCCUGCUCAUCAAGCUACUCAAGCCGAACUCCUCCGCCGCUUUGAGGGUGUCUUUGAGCCCGAGCUGGCUUCUCUCACAACUGCUCCUGCAGAAUACUCCUCGCCUACGCCAACCCAGACGGCCCGUCAAUCCCCAAACUCAAGUGACAUCCGCCGAAAUCAAUCCGCCCAGCGAGCUGCCAGUCCGGAGCAAGACAUGCGCGCCUCCCGUGGCAAGGCCCACACGCGCAAACGUUCUGAGCGACAGUCCGUCAGUCACCGGAUUAGCAUCAUCAAUCCUUUUAAGCGUUCCCACGGCGCUUCAAACUCGAUUUUCACCAUCCAGCAGUCCGACAGCAAGGGCCAGAUAGUCGACCAAGAAGAGCCCGAAGAUGAUACGGCCACGAUCCACAGCCGGACAACCAGCCACUCCCGCGGCGGCCGCAGUGAGAAACGACGCAGUUUCUUCGGCGGAGACAGGACGCAUAAGCACGGCUCCACUCCAUCGGUCGGCGGUGCAGGCCAAGACUCCCAACCCUCCUUGAACACCAAACCUUCGCGAAAUCUCUCUCGAGAUACAACCGGCCAAUCCCACGAUGGCCGCAGCCGCGCCGGCUCCCAACACCGCGGCCCAACAGCCAGCGGUGCAGCCGGCCCGGACCGCCCAGCACCUGCUUCCAGUGGUGGUUGGUCCACACUCCCGCCCACGCGUGAUUAUUCCCGGCCUGCGACCAGGGACAGUAACAUGAACUCUGUCACGCUGACGACGACAAAUGGCACAGCGCCUUUAUCUCCUGUCAGCAAUGGCAGUGCCAACGGGAAUCACAGUGGCAUGCGUGACUCUGUCUUCCGGCGAUUCAGUAUGCUCAAAGGAAAGGGAAUUGGUCGCAAGACUAGCCGGAUGGAUUUCAAAGCUAAUGGCACGCUGCAGGAGGACUUCGGCCCUGGCCGCAGAAUGUCAUCAGGAGGCACCGGCAACAACAGCAUAAACGGCCUUCGUGGCCCCGGCGAGCAAGAUGCCCUGCUGGGCUCGCACCGUGCAUCCUCCUUCUCCGGCCUUGCGCCACACGCGCAGACCGAGCAUGGACAUCAUCACCACCACCCGAAGGAUAGUCGCGUGUGGGUGGCGUGGCCUAUGCAUGUUGUGCAUUUGACGUGGAAGACCCUUGUGCGCGAUUAUGUGAACUUGCUCCUUAUUAUGGUGCCGUUAGGUAUUGUGGCUGGUGCUCUAGGCUGGGAUUCGACGGCUGUGUUCACGUUGAAUUUCUUUGCCAUUAUUCCGCUUGCUUCGCUGCUUAGUUUUGCGACUGAGGAGCUGGCUGCUACUAUGGGUCAGGCCCUUGGUGGGUUGAUGAAUGCUACGUUUGGAAAUGCCGUUGAGCUGAUUGUCAGCAUCAUCGCUCUGAAAGAUAACCAGAUCCGCGUCGUACAGGCCAGUAUGCUCGGCAGCAUUCUCUCGAACAUCCUCCUCGUACUCGGCUGCUGCUUCUUCGUCGGUGGCCUGCGCUUCCGCGAACAAAGCUUCAACAGCACUGUUGCUUCAACCAUGUCCUCCCUCAUGGCCGUGGCAUCCGCCUCGCUCAUCAUCCCGGCUACGCUCUACGCAGCAAUCUCCAACGGCACACCCAGCAAGCCUGGCGAUAGUGCCACCAGUCCGGACGACAGUGCACAGAAGAACAUCCUCAUUCUCUCGCACGGCACUUCCAUUAUUCUGCUCCUGAUUUACGUCAUGUACCUCUACUUCCAGCUCCGCUCGCACUCCGACCUCUUCGAAGAGACGAACGGCAGCGAUGCCGAGAACGCUGUCCCCGAGGAAGAGGAAGAGGAAGAAGAGCGUAUCCUCAACCCCUGGGCUGCAACUGUCGCUCUCAUUGUCGUCACCAUCCUUGUUGCCAUCUGUGCCGAUUACCUUGUCGGCAGUAUCGACAGCAUGGUCGAGAAGACAGGCAUGAGCAAGACUUUCAUUGGUUUGGUCCUCAUCCCCAUCGUUGGUAAUGCCGCCGAACACGUCACUGCCGUCGUGGUUGCAUACAAGGACAAGAUGGAUCUAGCAAUUGGCGUGGCGAUUGGUAGCAGCUUGCAGAUUGCCUUGUUCGUUACUCCCUUCCUCGUUAUCUUGGGCUGGAUCAUGGGUAUCGAAAUGACCUUGCACUUCCAGACCUUUGAGACUGUUGCUUUCUUCAUCUCUGGCCUGGUUGUCACGCUUCUUAUUCAAGAUGGAAAGUCGAACUACCUUGAGGGUGGUAUGUGUCUUGGCAUGUAUAUCAUUCUGGCGUUGGCUUUCUAUGUUUAUCCUGAUAACAUUGCUGCCUAA